AAUCCCGCGUCUUAAAAUUCCGCUGCACUGGUCGGGUUGCUACAGAAGGAGAAAAGGCGUUGUUCAGGUCCUGCAUGCCUCGCCGUCAAGAUGCGUACAUUUACUUGUGUGCUUCUUAUUCUUGUGAUCGCUCUUGUGAGCAUCUCAACAGCGGAAAUGAAGAGUAAAACCAAAAAGCCUGCAGUUCCGGCUAAAAAGAGCGAAGGCCCUAUGAAGAAAGACGAACCCAAGCCUAAAAAGAGCAAAGGCCCUAUAAAGAAAGACGAACCCAAGGCUAAAAAGAGCGAAGGCCCUAUGAAGAAAGACGAACCCAAGGCUAAAAAGAGCGAAAGCCCUAUGAAGAAAGACGAACCCAAGGCUAAAAAGAGCGAAGGCCCUAUAAAGAAAGACGAAUCGAAGCCUAAAAAGAGCGAAGGCCCUAUAAAGAAAGACGAACCCAAGGCUAAAAAGAGCGAAGGCCCUAUGAAGAAAGACGAACCGAAGCCUAAAAAGAGCGAAGGCCCUAUGAAGAAAGACGAACCGAAGCCUAAAAAGAGCGAAGGCCCUAUGAAGAAAGACGAACCCAAGCCUGCGAAGAAGGAGUCUUCGAAACACAUCGAAAAGAAUGCCAUGAAAAAAUCCAUACUAAAAGCUCCUAAAAGAAAUGCAAAGAAAGCAGCAACCGUUGCAGUGCAAACUACUACAAAGAAAGCAAUUGACAAAAAGAGCGAAGAGAUAGCGCCGGUGGAAAGAUUUUGGAGCAGACGUCGUUACAACAGUCGUCGUCGUUACAUAAGACGUCGCAGAUUUACCAGGCGUCGUAGAGCUACCAGACGUCGCUACACCCGGCGUAGAUAUACCAGACGUCGUGGAUUUACCAGACGUCGCCAUAGCAGUGGAAACAACAACAACAAUAACAACAAUGCGGGGAACUAUGGCUAUGGCAAGAGAUUCGCGACCAAGAACGUGGGAGAUGACAAGAACGAAGCCAAAAGCGGCUCUGACAUGGGCGCGACCAAAGAGAAGGAAAGAAAUGAUGAAUAUCCCGAAUCAUUUGACUAUGAUUCGUAUGAGGUCGAGAAGGACUCGGGCAAAGUCGAUAUGGACCCAAAUGAUGAGCAUCAACAUCAUCAUAGGAGAUGAUUCGGAUGAGGUCGGUGAAGAAUCGAAUGAAGUCGAUGAGGGCGAACCGAUUGAAGCCAUUAACAAGGAAGUUCCGGCAGAUAAGAACGCAGCAUAAAGUGGAGAGAUCAGCAGCUUUUAAAAGGACUGAAAACGGAUAAUAGUGGGAGAAACAAAAAAGAACUAUGUAGAUGUAGGUUUAAGGCUUAGUGUAAGUUAAAGUCUUAGUUUUGACAAAUGAGGUACCGGAUUUCCCUUCUAGUACAUAAUUCGCUGGCCUGUGGUUUGCGGUGUUGAGCCAUCUAAGUGCAAGAAAACGGCGUGCAUUUUUACCUCUAGUUUUCUUUAUGGCUACACAGAACCUGGGCUCAAAACAUCCAAAACAAAAUACUUCCGUCCCAGCAUCGCUAGGUCAUAAAAAGCGAAGACAGGGCAAUUCUACGCAAAACCAGCAAGAAGACACCGGCUUCUUAGGAUAUGUUACCGCUUGAGAACCUUUUUAGGUACAUCCCUUACCCUAAGUAGGCCUUUAAACUAUACUCUUUUGCGAUGUGUGAUUUACUGUAAUAGAUAAGAAAAGAGUGUAGGGCAGUGCAAGAGUAAAUUUUGACGUUUUAUUUCAGUUAUGGAUUUACUAUAGCAUUUAUAAUCAAUUUUUAAUGUUACAAUUAAAGUUGUUGAAGCAUGCGAUGGCUUUCUACCUCAA